CGUCCAGCUGGAUGACAGAAUCGAAACUUACAGAAGAACAAGGGAGCGGUGCUGAAACCAAUCUUGAAUAUAGGCAGAAGCUGAAGCAGAGACCAGCCAGACAGAGCCAGGACACGGUUUACUGUCUAUGAUGGCGUUGUUUGACACUGGCAACGCAAUUUCUAAUCUCUACACGUAUGGACAGAAACAUGGUCUGAAGGUAGACUAUAAGGACCUUGACUCCGAGGGCCCCGAUCAUAAUAAAGUAUUCACUGCGCGAUUCCUCGUAGAUGGAAAACCCUAUCCCAUUGGCGAGGGAAAAAACAAGCCGGAUGCCAAGCUGAAUGCAGCCCAGAAUGCUAUAAGAUGUCUUCGUGGAGACCAACAUCAGGACACAGCAGAAUAUUCAGCAGAAACGUCUUCACUUGCUAGGCAAAAUGACAUUAACUACAUAUGUUGGCUUAAUCAAUAUGGUCAAACAAACAGGGUGACAGUAAAACCAGAGGUGACGGUGCGGCCUGGACCCAAUAAUGCAACUCACUGGUGUAAGUUUGUAGUGGGUGACACUGAAUACCCAGAAGUCUCUGGAAAAUCGAAGAGAGAAGCAAAGGAGGAAGCUGCCAAGUUGGUGUAUGAGAUGAUAAAUAGUGGUCAAUCCCUAGAGGUCAUAGAUUCCCCAGUUCAUCAAAAUCAGAUGGUCAAUAAAAACUUAAAUGGUCUGAGUACAAAGACAAAAAGCCUGAGUAUAAACUCAGAAGACAACUGUACAGAGUCAGGGUUUGUUGCAAUUAUCCACAACUACUGUCAGAGAAAAAAACUCAGUCUUGAAUAUAUAUUAGUAGAAAGAAGUGGACCUCCUCAUAAUCCUCGAUUUUUUUACAAAUUAAAAAUUGAGACAAGGGAAUACCGUGUUGCUGAAGGCAAAAAUAAAAAGGAAGCCCAACAUAAUGCAGCAAAGCUGGCAUGGUCUUCUCUUCAGGAGCAGUCAGAUUUCGACAGCAAGGUGUCUGUUGGAUCAACAGCAUCUGAAGAUGGAGCACCACCAUCAUCACAAUCAGAGGCACUGGACUCAAAUGAGUCAUCAUCACACAACAUGCAUAUGACUCCAAGUGACUCCAUAAUAUUUGCUGAUUCCUCAAACCCCUCCAACGCCCAGAUGUCCAGAGAAACUGGGUCUGGAGAAAAUGAGCCAUCGCCCAUGUCACAAGAUUCUGCUGAGCCGUCACAGAGCGAGAUGACAGGCUCAUCUGAUCCUGCGGAUUCUUCACAAGCUUCUUCAGACCAGAAUGAUGUGGAAAACCAGAAAAUCACAAACCCAAGUAACCCACCAGUGCAGUCAAGAUUCACAUCAGAGUUUGAGAUCCUUAAAUAUCUUGGUGGAGGAGGGUUUGGUCGCGUUUUUAUGGUGAAGGAAAAACUGUUGGACCUGGAUUAUGCAGUGAAGAUCGUUCCUGGAACAGAAAAAGCUUUGCGAGAGGUGACGGUGUUAUCAGAACUCCAACACAAAAACAUUGUCAGAUACUACAACUGUUGGAUGGAGGACUCAAAAGUGCAACAAGAGAAAAUCCAAAAGAAACUAAAAGAUGUCAUAUGUGGACAGUACCUCUUCAUUAAGAUGGAAUUAUGUAAAUCUGCAACCCUCAAACAAUGGAUUGGUGAGAGGAACCAAGAGGAUCUACCACACAGCCAGAGAGGAGCAGACAGUCUUCCUAUUGCAUUGCAGACAGUCAGUGGAGUCGAAUAUAUUCACUCCAACAACUUCAUUCACCGAGACCUAAAGCCUCCCAACAUAAUGUUUGGAAAAAAUGGGAAGGUGAAAAUUGGGGACUUUGGUCUCGUCACUAUUGACAGAAGUGAAAUCUUGAUCGACAGAACAGUAGGGCCAGGAACCGAAAUCUACAUGGCUCCUGAACAAGUAAGUAAAGUAAUGUGCUAGAGCUAACACGAGUAC